AUGGAGCGGUUUUCGUGGUCUCGUUCCUUCCCAUCGUCGUCAUCUUCGACUCCUCCUCCUUCUCUCUCUCGAAAGAGUGGCGAUAAAGAGCGUCGGAGGAGGAGUCGCUUUUUUUGUUCUCCCUCUGGUUCUUCUUCUUUGUGUUCUUCUUCUUUUCAUCCAGAGAAGAAUAGGAAGAAGAUUGAUGAUGAUGAUGAUGACGAUGAUCAUCAAAGCGCUUUACUAAAGGCUUCGGAUGUUUUUGGAACAUCGACGACUUUGCAACGAAGAAGAGGCGCGAGAGCAAAAGUCCGAGCAAUAACGAAGGAAGAGGAUUCGGAAAAAAACGACGACGACGCGUUGUCGGACGAUCAGCCGAGAUGGUCGGGAGAACCGUCGAGGGCGGAUGCGAACGCGACGGAAAUAGAAACGACUGCGACGCCGGCGAUACAACCCCCUGCGACGACUUCUGGGUACACUCGUAAAUGGAAGAAACGAGAUUUAUCGUGGGCUCGAGACGCGAUUCCUUUUUACGUGAUGCUCCCUUUGGACGUCGUCUCGAGAGACGGCGUUCUGGAGAACAAGGAAGUUUUAGAAGUCGCGUUGGACGCGUUGGCGAGAGUAGGCGUAGAUGGCGUCAUGGUGGACGUUUGGUGGGGCAUAGUCGAAAGGAAACGCCCGAGGAAUUACGAUUGGACCCCGUACUACGAACUGUUCCAAAUAUGCGAAAAGUUAGGUUUGAAAGUCCAAGCGGUGAUGAGUUUCCACGCGUGCGGCGCAAACGUCGGCGACGUGUACGAGAUCAAGUUACCGGAUUGGGUCUUAGAGUCUGGGAUUCAAGAUCCAGAUUUGUUCUUCACGGACCAGUACGGGUACAGAAAUCCCGAGUGUAUUUCGUUGUGGGCGGACGAUGCGAGAACAGUCGCAGGAAGGACGCCGAGAGAGUGUUAUCGAGAUUUCAUGGUGUCGUUUAGAGAUACGUUUGAAAAUUUAUUGCAAUCGACCAUCUCGGAGAUUGCGGUUGGAUGUGGACCGUGUGGAGAGUUGCGAUACCCGUCGUAUCCAGAAAAUAAACGUUCACCGAACAGUUCCCAGUGGCGUUUCCCGGGGAUUGGCGAAUUUCAGUGUUACGAUCAACGAGCGUUGGGCGCGUUGGCGAGGCACGCCGCCGAGGUUGGACGCAUCGAAUGGGGCGGAUCUGGUCCGCACGAUUGCGGCGGAUACAACAACUUACCGCAAGAAACUGGUUUCUUUCGGGCCGAUCGAGGGAGUUGGGACAGCGAAUACGGUCAAUUCUUUCUCGAUUGGUACGCGAAAGAGCUCGUUAAACACGGCGACAAGACGCUACAAACUACGCGAGAAGUGUUCGAUUACGAGAAAACUGGCGUUGACGUAGCCAUCAAAUGCGCUGGCGUGCAUUGGUGGUACAACUCCCGUUCGCACGCGGCUGAGUUAACUGCCGGGUAUUUCAACACUCGAUCGGGCGAUUUUGUCCCCGAACGCGACGGGUACGAACCGAUCGUAAAGAUUUGCGCCAAAUACAACGCGCGUUUGAAUUUUACGUGCGUAGAGAUGGUGGACGGCGAUCACCCGUGGUUUUCAAGGUGCGGGCCGGAAGGUUUACUCAGGCAAAUUCGAACCGCAGCGGCAAAGUAUAACGUGCGAGUGGCGGGCGAGAACGCCUUGUGUCGUUUCGAUCGGUCCGCGUACGAACGCGUUAUUAAAAAUGCGCGAGGGGAAGGCGACGACGUGGAGUUAUGGAAGACGGGCGAAAAGUUACCACCGAUGGCGUGUUUUACGUUUCUUCGAAUGUCCAGAGAAUUGUUCGAGCUGUAUAACUUUAACAGCUUUAAGGAGUUUGUGAAGCGCAUGAAAGCGGCGACGGUGAGAGACAAUCUGAGAUUGUCGAGAUCAUCCUCGUCCUCUUCUUCUUCUUCUUCUUUGAAUUCUUCUUCUUCUUCCUCGUCUGCGGGGACCAUCGGACGACCUGGCGGUGCCGCCGGUGGCGAACGAGACAGUUCAAGUUUCUUCACGACGAACUCGACCAACGAUAACGGAUCGCUAUCCUCCUCCCCACCGAUGUAUAACCCCAACGAGAACUUCUCAACCAACAAUACCGCUUUCUCUGGAGGAACGGUUGUAUCAACAACAAAUAGCAGCAGCAACGGCGCGGCGACCGGCGGCACACCCGUUGCCGCCACUGGCAACGCGUACAUAGAUAAUUAUAACAACAUUAGUCAAGACAAUAGCAGUAAUAAAAGCUCCGAUAGCAUGGACAGCAUUGACGAGGACGAUUACGAAUUAGAAGAUGGAUUUGCGGAUCGCGGCGAGGCGCCUCCUCUGCAAGAGCAAGUGCAAAGUAUCGUUCAGCUAAUGAACGAGUUGUGA